AGCAUAACCCCUCCUCACCAACACCGGUCUGUCCUUCCGGCUCCGGUCUGACAUCAAGUGUAAAGAUGCUGAUGCCCAAGAAGAAUCGCAUUGCUAUCUACGAGCUCCUCUUCAAGGAGGGAGUAAUGGUGGCCAAAAAAGACGUCCACCUGGCCAAGCAUCCCGAGCUUGCUGACAAGAAUGUGCCCAAUCUUCAUGUGAUGAAAGCGAUGCAGUCCCUAAAGUCGUGCGGGUACGUCAAGGAGCAAUUUGCAUGGCGUCACUUCUACUGGUCCCUCACCAACGAGGGCAUCCAGUACCUGAGAGACUUCCUCCACCUCCCCUCUGAGAUUGUGCCGGCCACCCUGCGUCGUCAGACCCGCCCCGAGACAGCCAGGCCCAGGCCCAAGGGAAUGGAAGGAGACAGGCCUGCCCGCCUUAACCGUGGAGAGUCUGACAGAGAUGCAUACAGGCGAUCUGCAGCACCCCCUGGUGCUGACAAGAAAGCAGAGGCUGGUGCCGGAGCUGCCACAGAGUUCCAGUUUAGGGGCGGCUUUGGUCGCGGCAGAGGACAGCAGCCUCAGUAAAUUUACUAUCUUUCUGUACAAUAAAAGAAAAUCCAAACAA